AUGACGAUGGCUAGCAACAUUGUGGUCGAGUGGCUGCGCUCGCUUCACUUGGGCCAGUAUUCGGAGUCCUUUAUCGACAACGGCUACGACGACCUUGAGAUCUGCAAGCAAAUCGGCGACCCGGAUCUCGAUGCGAUCGGAGUUUUUAAUCAGACUCAUCGAGCACGAUUGUUACAAUCUGUAAAGACUCUCAGAGAAGAGGGUGCGGCGAGCGUUUACUUUACCUUAGAAGAAAGCAACGACUGUCUAUGCGACAAUGUCAGCUCGAAAUCUUCCAGAACGUCUUCUGAAAGGCCGCUCAGCGAUAAAGAAGCGCAGAGGGCUUCGCCAACAGCUAGUUCCUCGAGCGGUGGUCAAGAAUUAACCAAGUUCGCGGACGAGUAUGAGGAGGGGAAGGCGGAGCUCGUCAGAAUCCCAAGGAUGCAACUCCGGAUGCUGCUGCAGGAAAAGCUCAGACACGACGGCAUCAGGUUGGCUUGUCAACCUUACACAACACCGGUAAGUCGGCUUCUUUUUGUCUGCCCACAAAUAAUCUAG